AUGGAUUGUGAAUGGACAGUAUCCCCAGAGACUUGUCUUGUAGAGACAAAGUCAUUGACUUGUCCUGUUCGUUUAAAUCCUCCUCAAAAUCGUAAAAGCCGAGCUAAAAAAGUUAAAAAUUACCUGAGGAAGUGCAAAGGAGCACUGUCAUCUCGUGAUGAUGAUACUCGUAGAAAUAGUAGUGGAAAACGUCCAACAGCUUCUGGUUGUAAUACUACUGGGAGUACUGGUAGAAGUAGAACCACCAGACGGUCCGCAUCAUCUUCCUGGUACUUGGAAGAGUCGACGGUGUCUAAUAACGCUGGAAUUCCAACCAGAGAAGCUGAAGAAGAAUGUUUUAAUGAUCUUCUACCAACUAGAGCGACUUCACUGACUAGAAAUUAUGAAUCUAAGGCUACGCCACCUGCUUCAACGCAACGUAAAUUUGGCUCUGAAAGUCUUCUUGAUUCUACAAGUAUAACAGGAGAUCGAUUUGUUGAUGAAUCAGACCUGCAAUUAGAAAGUAAUGUUGAUAUUUUAACAGAUUUAAAUAAUUUAGAAGAUGAAAGUGAAAUUAAUGAAGAAAAAGCAAUACCUGGAUACUCAUUAUCAACUGGAGGACGUGGUGAUGUUGCAUCACUUGUACGAAGUCUGCUAGGUCCUAUCUAUGGUGAAAAUGUCCUGGAUCUAUUGACUCGACAGGCACGUGACAUCCUUGUUUGCGCUUAUCAUGGCAAUCUUGACAAUUUUGUCGAGUCUUAUCUGUCUCCUGCCUCACAAUUACUCGCCCAAGUCAAGAGUACUGUCUCCAAUAUGGUAAGUCUAUUGAAAUAA